AUGUUUAGUAGCAUUAUUACCUCUGGUACUACCGCUCUCAUUGUAAAACUAUGUGCAUCGAGUUCUACAAAGGUAAAUGAGAUAAUUUUUCGUACAGAUCUGCAUUCAUUUUUACAAGCACAACGUGAAUCCCAAAGUGAGAUGACACCCGUAUUGAAUUUUGUGGAGCGAUGUUUUCCUGAACUUAUUGUGGCCGCAUUACAUCCUAUUCCUGAAACUGAUAGUCUUAUUUCUCCUGUAAAGAAAGGACGUUCAAGUGAAAGUACACCACCAGAUCCAAAAGUAAUCUGUACAAACGCAACUGAAUUAGUAGCGUUCUAUUUAACUUUUUCACAAGACCCACGAACCCAGCUUGUUAAUACUGUAAAUGCAACCAUUUCUCUUUUUGAAAGUACUGACAUAAUGUCCUCUUUGGUGUCAUUAUGUUUUCAACGUUUGCUUUUAGUAGCAUUUGAAGUAAAUCCUGAAGUAGCAGCGGAAGCUAUUGCUAAUAUGUUAAGUGAAAAAGUAAUUGAAGGCGUUAUUCGUAACAUUGCUACUAGUUUUGUCGUUGCAGAGACAAUUAUGGCAGUUUUUGGAUCAGCACUAACUGCAGAAGAAAUGGUUUCUCCAGAAACUAGAACAUAUAUAUUCACAGAAAGUUGGAUACUACAUAAUUUUCCGCAGCGGUAUGCUUCCUAUAUAGAGACAGCGUUACGUUCUAAAGAUCAUCAAGCAUAUUUUUAUUUUUUUAAAGAAAUUAUGAAGCGUGGAUUUAGUCAUAGUGCGGGACCCUUGGCUGAUAUAUUUCUAAAGUAUGAAGUUGUAACAGAGUUAGUUAGAACUGUUAUUGAGUCAUGUGAGGAAGCUAGAAUAAACCCAAGUGCUAUUCCACUUGUUAGCCAAGGUGUAGAAGUUCUAUAUUCUAUAAUAUCUUUAACAAGAAAAUCCAUUAUUCCACCUGAUGAGAAGGGAAUGUACGCUGUUAAUAUAUUUUUAAAUGGACCGGUUAAAUCCUUUAAUAUGUAUGCGGAACGUUUUUGUAAACUUUUAUCUUGUGAAACAUCAGUAGUAUUACCCCGCAUUGAUGCAAUGCGUGUAACAGUUUGUGAAGUGUUUGUGGAAAUACUCCGAUUUAACAUGAAGUGUACAGAUGAAAUUAUUACUCGGAAUUUAUUUCUAGAGAAGCUGAUAUUGAUCGCAUUGAAACAUCCAAAUUCUAACCGGUUAUGUCUUCUAUUAAAGCAAUCUAUUUUAUCAAUAUUUUCAAAUGAUAGAAACAUUGAAGAAAAUAUCAUUUUACAACAUAUUAUUUCUAGAGAAACACCACCCAAACGUGGUUUUUUAUCAGAUUGCGUAAGUAUUUGCGCGAGUGAAUUCUUAUCGCAAACUUCACUUAGCGCAGUUUUAAUUGAAUCAUGUAGAAAAUUGAUUGGUAAACCUUUAUUUAGAAAAUCUACAGGUCCAUUAUGGCAUGUUAUUGAAUCAUUUAUAAACAAUCCUAUUACUCGAAAACGAAUGGAAAAUAUGGAUGAACCUAUUACUGGAGCUGGUUUUACCGCCCUAGGUUCUGGAUGUUCAGAUAAGAUUCAACACCGACCUACUAUCGAUCAUGCCGGAAGAAAAAACCGCGAGAAUUCUCUUUCCAUUUAUUCCCCUAAAGUCAACUUGGAAUCCGCCGGUGUGCGGGAUGCUGGCUUUAAUGGAAACAAUCGAGCAGAACAAUACAUUACAGAGGAAAAGGGUGCGGAAUCAAAAGCUCUAAAUAAUGAUGCUUCUGACGGCGCGGCAUUUUGUAAAAUGAAUGAGAUUUCCCGUGAAGGAGAAGAUACCGUUACGGUGGAAUUAGAGUCGGGAGAUGAAAAUUUGGAUUGCGAGGUGUCCGCGCAGGUUCGUGCUUACCCUAAAUUUGGGGAGAUGAAGUUGUCUUUUGAGGUGCGUGAUGGUGGAAUUCAAGAGAAUCAAAAUGAAUGCAACGUUGACGCGAUUUUACAUUGCAGAGAUGGCUCAGUUGAUUCACUUGAUGGGGAAGGUUGGGCGCACGAGGCGGCCGCUGCUGUGAGUCAAGCGCUGCGGACAAAUCCGGACCAUUGA